AUGAAAUUAAACUCAUUUCAAAUUAAAAACUUGAAAGGUAAAUAUUAUAAUUUAUUUUUUCUAUCCAAAGACAUUAAAUUUGAAACUUAUUAAUCCCAUCAAAGUCCUUUAAGACAUUUAUUUAAAGUCAUAACAAACUAGAACUAAAGAAAGACAAUAAAAAUUAAAGAAAUAAUAAUAAAUUAAUUAACCUGCCAAUUCUAUAAAACAUUAAAAAUAAAAUGAGUUUCUAAAAUAGCAAUAUGAAACACUUAAAGAAGACAUUGUAAUAGAAAUUUCAUAAUCUCUAAUCACUUCAAUAGAAUAAAACUUAAAAAUAGAAUAAAUGCAUGAUAUUAUUUAAGAUAAAUAAUCAUCAAUUUCAUAAUUGCAAUCUUAAAUUGAAAAUUAAGAUCAAAAUAGACGAAAGAUCUUGAUUCAGUAUUGCAAUAAGCCUCAAAUUUCAUAUGAGAAGGAUUUAUUGGAAAAACAAUCACAAAGUAAGAGAUUGAAGAAUGAUGAAAUAAAUAAUUAUUUUGAAAUAGGUAAAAAUAUUAAAAUAGAAAUAACAGGAACUAGAAAUAGAGAGCUUACUUGCCUACAUGAGAAGAUGAUUUUGAUUUGUAGAUUGCUGGCUUUAUAAAUAAUAGAGCCGACAAAGAGAAAUACAUCCCCUUAUUAAAAAACAAUAAGAAAUAGUAUAUUUAAUUGGGCAUAAUAAUAUAUUAUUAAAUAAGAAUAAGGAAGGAUCUUGAUAAGUAAUUCAGGAGGCUAUUAAACUAUUGAAGAAAUUUCUUGGUUUGAACGAAAGUAAAUCAAAUAUCUUUUUACUUAUUUUAUAAAAAGACAACCAAUAUAAAAAUUAAGAAAGAAUGAAUACGAUUAAUUGAUUUGA